CAACUUUCUUGCACCACCAACUUCCUUCUCUGUGCCUGCAGCCUAGACGGGCGGCGGCUUCUUCGCUAGUCCCGUCGUAGACUUGGGGAGAGACGGAGAUGGGGGCCAGGCGAGGAGGCGGCGGCGGCGGCCGGCUGUGAAGAAGGCGAACCAGCCACCGAGCGGACCGCGGCAGCCGGCGGGGACAGGAGGAGGGCUGGACCAUGAGCUCGGUCUGGAAGAGGCUCCAGCGCGUCGGGAAGCGAGCGGCCAAGUUCCAGCUCGUGGCCUGUUACCAGGAGCUCGUCGUGGAAUGCACCAAGAAAUGGCAGCCAGACAAACUGGUGGUGGUCUGGACCCGAAGAAACCGGCGCAUCUGUUCCAAGGCACACAGCUGGCAACCAGGGAUCAAGAACCCGUAUCGGGGCACAGUGGUAUGGAUGGUACCUGAAAAUGUGGACAUCAUGGUGACACUCUAUCGGGACCCACAUGUAGAGGAAUAUGAAGACAAGGACUGGACCUUUGUGAUUGAAAACGAGUCGAAGGGGCAGCGCAAGGUGCUGGCUUCGGUGGACAUAAACCUCAAACGCUUCGCCAGCUCAAUUCCUACCCAGGUCGACUUAAAUCUGAAGCUGAAGCCACGAUCGGUGAAGGUGGUGGCAGCUACACUGCAGCUCACGCUCUCUUGUGUAUUCCUGUAUGAGGGGAAAGCCACGGACGAGGACAUGCAAAGUCUAGCCAGCCUGAUGAGUGUAAAACCCUCUGAUAUUGGCAACUUGGAUGACUUACCUGACAGUGAGGAAGAAUCAGAGGAAGCCCCAAAGCAGAGCCAGCAGGCAGAUGGUGCAGGCCAUGGGAUGCCUUCUAAAGGAUUCCUCCAAAAUGUGUUGACGGACUAUUUCUCAGACACUUCGCGGGAUUUGAACACCCUGCCAGAGGAAGAGGAGGAUGCCUCAGCCCAGGGCACAAGCCAAGUAGCCGCAGCAAAUUCCGCCUCUUCCAGGGCUCUCAGGAAGGAAGCCGUCACCGAAAUCCCUAGGAAAGCAGCAGAUCCCCUCCCUGGCAGCACCUCCCAGCCGGACCCCCCUCGCCCUGUGACAGAGUCGGCCCCCACCAUCUCCACGGCAGCACCUCGAGCAGUUGACUCCCCCUGCAGCCCGACGACGCUCGUGAGUUCCAGCCAGUCCUUGCUGGAAUGGUGUCAGGAGGUGACGGCCGGCUACAGGGGCAUCCGCGUCACCAACUUCACCACAUCUUGGCGCAACGGCCUGGCUUUCUGCGCCAUCCUACAUCACUUCCACCCCAAGAAGAUCCAGUAUGAUGCCCUGGACCCGCUGGAUAUCAGACAGAACAACAAACUGGCCUUUGAUGGUUUUGCCUCCCUGGGGAUCUCCCGGGUGAUGGACCCUGCCGACAUGGUUUUCCUGACAGUGCCGGAUCGGCUGAUUGUCAUGACAUACCUGUGCCAAAUCAGGGCUUUUUUCACCGGGCAAGAACUGAACGUGGUGCAGCUCGCUGACCACAGCAACCAGACCACCUACAAGGUGGGUAAAUUUGACACAGACUCCUCUGGCUUUGUUGAUCCUGCCAUAUUUUAUUCUCAGUCUCUUCAAGCUGCCGCUUCUCAGCCAGAGGCUGCUGGGAGCCCAGAUGUCCAGGACUCUGGCACUGUGACGGGGGACAAUAAAAAAACAGAGGUGGAGGCCCCUCCCCCAAAACAUGCUGCGGAUGCAGAAAGCACAGAUGUUGCAGAGGGCUUUGGGAAUGGAGCCAUAAUGGAGGACUUGAAUGUGGAAGCUGGUGAUGCAGAACCUCUGAUGAUUGCACAGCUGGAGCAGGCAUCUGAACUUGUGAAUGCUGCAAAGGAUGAUGGGAAGGCAGUUGUAAAUGGCACCACUGGCAAAACAGUUGAAGAACUGCAGUUGGAGCCCCUGGGGUCUGUGGAGUGUGAAGCAGAGAUCGCAAAGGCUGAUGGGCAGACUGAAAGUACCCCAAGGGCGCAGCCUUUCCCCAAAGACUCUGUGGUAGAGGCCUCAAGGCCUAAGGAAGAAGCAUUUACAAAUGGCGGUGUGGCUGAUUCAACCACAGAACAUGAGCCAGAUUCUCUGGUUCAAGUGGAUUCUGGGGCUGAAUCCUCAAAGCUUGAUUGGGACAUAGUGCCUAAUGGUGCCACGGCCAAUCUGAGUACUGAACAAGAUGAAGAGUUAUCUGCCCCUAGGGAUUCUGGGACUGAAGCCUCAGUGCAUGAUGGGAAGGUGUUAGCUGGCAGCGCCACGCCCGUCCAAGACACAGGACCAGUGGCUCGAGGGGACAAUGGGGUGGAAGCUGAAAAGUCUGAUGGGAAACUGUCGGCCAGCAACGGCGAGAAGCUGGUGCCCCCUCCACGGCUGAAGCGGAUCGCCUCUCGGAGUGGUGCUGAGCGCCCUUUGCAGCGCACCCUCUCCACGGGGAGCCAGCAGAGUCCUGUAGCCCCACCGCGACCCCAUGCGGGCAAGUCCACCUUCGCUCACGUGCGGGAUGCAGACCUGGUGAAGAAGCGGCGUUCGCGGCUCAAGAGCGAGUCCUCCCUGUCAAUGGACGAAACAGAUACAGGCGUCCUGUCAGAAGACUCCACCAAAAGGCUGGCUGUGGACGAUGGCUCUGAUGAGUGUUCAAGACUCAGACAAAGCACAUCAAAGGUGCAGCAACCUCCAGUUCCUUCCAGCACUACCUCCCAGAACCUGAUCCAGGACUCUGGCCUCAAGAACAGCACCAAUGAAGAGGAAGUUCCGAAAUUCCAGGACACCAGCCAGUAUGUGGUAGCUGAACUUCGGGCGUUGGAGACAGAACAGAGGCAAAUCGAUGGGCGGGCAGCCAUCGUGGAGAAGGAGCUACGAGGACUCAUGGAAUCAGGGGCCGACAAGCUGAAAGAAGAGGAGCUGAUCCAGGAAUGGUUCACGCUGGUAAAUAAGAAGAAUGCCCUGAUCCGGCGGCAAGACCAACUGCAGCUUCUGAUGGAAGAGCAAGACCUGGAGCGGCGGUUCGAGCUCCUCAGCCGUGAGCUGAGAGCCAUGAUGGCUAUUGAAGUUUGGCUCAAAACAGAAGCCCAGAAGCAGCGCGAGCAACUCCUCCUGGAAGAGCUGGUGUCCCUGGUGAACCAGAGGGACGAGCUGGUGAGAGACCUGGACAUCAAAGAGAGGAUAGCUCUGGAAGAGGAUGCCAGACUAGAAAGGGGAUUGCAACAGAGAAGACGCAAGCUCAGCCGCAAGGAGAAAUGCCGCGUCAGCUGAGGCGGCAAGCGAGUUGCUACUCUUCCCUCCUUCCCGUACACGUCAGCAGGGGGAGUCAGCAAAUGACAGCACUUCUUGUUCCCUAAAGACAGCACCUCCCCCAGUUGUCCCCCCCCCCCAGCCUUCACAGGGGCACCUCCUGCCCUGACACAGUAUUGCGUCCUGCCAGUGCCAAUCAUUACCCACAGUCCCUUGGGGCCUUAAGCUGCUUGUCGCUUGACAUAAGUUAUGCCAAAGAGGGGCUUGGGGUGGGGUGCAGUCCUGAGCUGCUUUCUUUCACUGACCCCAUUUCCAAGACCCUAGAGGAUAUUUUGGAUGACAUUUUUUUUAGGGCAGUGCCCGGGAAUCUACUAUCUGGAGAGAGCAGAAAAAACAUUUUAAUCUCUCUCUCUCUCUCUCUCCAAACUUCAAAUCUAUUUAUUUGUGUGUGUGUGUGUGCGCUUGUCUGUGAGUGAGCUCCUCCUCUAGUUUUAACGUCUCCCCCCCAAAAAAAACCCCAAGGAUGCUGUUGUUUUUUGAAAACAAAGCUUUUACAGGGCUCUGUAUUUUAUUUUUUAAUUAUCAAUGUUGUUAUUCUCCUCGAUGGUACAAAAGUCACAAAGUGCCUUGGACACUCUGACAGCCGGAUUUGGGUCAUGGCGAACUUUUAAAUCCCAGUUUCACACCACCCUUUUCUUCUCUCCUGCCCCCCCCCCCCACAGGUUGGUCUCUUCCAGGUUAUUUGCACUAAAUUUGUACCAGGGUUUGAAAUAAACAGAUCAAAAAGACAUGAGGCUUGAGAAACUAAUUUGUGGCGAAGCAUUUAUUUCCAAAUUCUCUUUUUUUUGUAUUUUUUGCAUUUGUGUGUGUCUGUACCUGGAAGUCAUGGCGACCUCU